CCUUAAUCUGCAACGCGUACGCUAAAUUGAGGGUGCGUGCACUUGAGCUUUUCAAAUGGACUUCAAGCGAAAUCCCGCACAAGCUGCAUUAUUUUAUGUUGAAGAAAGCGCUUUCCAUUCUUCUGGAAGAAAAUGUCCCCACCUCCACCAAGCCAUAUAACUACUGAUCAGUACUCUAAUCCAUUCGAGCCGCAACACCUCGCCAUGGUCGCUGCAGCAUACGCGAAUCUGCAUGUGAGGGACAGCCUGUUGCGCUCAGAGAUCAGAGAACAGGUUUUAGAGCGCAGAGUAGAGGACUUCACAUCUAGUCAUGCGGUGAUGCUUUUGUGCGCAUUUUCGAAGAGCGUGGAGCCUGAUCUCACGGCUUCGUUUCGGUCGUCUCUACUAUUGGCGAAGAGCAUUAGAGCAAGGAGUAGAAGUGUUGGGGAGCAGGGUUCCGCGACUACUUCUAUAGCCGGGGACAAUGAGACAUCCUCUGGCCCUGCUACUAUUAGAGAGAAAGAAGACCCGAUGACCAAGAAUUACGAUGAUGACGAUCUCAACAAUACUACAACGACGACGGAAGCUGACGUCUCGAAAGGUGAUGCCGGAGGAGGAAGGAAGAGGAGCAAGAAAGCCACUUCUUGUAUGCAGAAAAAAGAACUUCUUAGUAUAGCGAAGAACACAUCUUCAGUUACCGAUUCCGAUGGCGAUGCACAAGACGUAGCACGACAUGUCGAAGAAAUAACCCAACAACGAGAUGAACAGCCCGAAACUCCUGAUGAACAGCUCUUUUCCCGCUUAGCCAACCAAAUUUUAGCCCAAAAUCGCGGGAGGAGUUCGUUGACUCAUGCUGAACUCGUUGGCGCCGUGAAUGGCUUCUCGAAGACGCGCGCUUGGCCUCUUGUUUUGCCCGUACUCGUAAACGAAAUGCGGGUACAAAGACAGGCCACUUGGAGUCUCUAUGAUGUAGCCACAGUCAUGAAUGCUUUUGCACGCAUGUUAGAUGCGGCGAGAGCAGUAGCUGGUGGUCCCAAUCGUUGUGACACGACAACAAUAACAAAACCACGCGCAGAUAAAGAAGCUGCAGAUGGACCGUUUGCAAUCGCAGUGUCGGAUCAGUUUCUGUCCUUGUGGAGUGCGGUUUUGG